GUGCUUUGUCUUCACUGGCUGCCGGCUGGCGUCACUCAAGGGGCACUACUGCUCCUACAGUAAAUAUUUGUGUUUUCUCAACCGGUUGUGAUGGUGAACGACUGAGACUGAAAAGAGAGGAAUAAAACCACGAAUAUCAAAGUCUAGACACAAUACUACGAGACGCGAGUAGGAAUAAAGCUUCAGCGCAAAAUGGAUGAGCUCAAACACCAAGUAAUGAUAAACCAGUUCGUCUUGACAGCGGGUUGUGCUGCAGAUCAGGCAAAGCAGCUUUUGCAAGCAGCACAUUGGCAAUUUGAGACUGCCCUCAGUGCCUUUUUUCAAGAAACGAAUAUUCCAUACGGUCACCAUCAUCAAAUGAUGUGCACCCCAGCUAACACACCGGCCACCCCACCCAACUUCCCUGACGCCCUCACCAUGUUUUCCCGGCUGAAGGCCUCAGAGAGCUUCACCACCAGCAGCCCCAUGGCCUCCAUGGCCACCUCUCCCCCUCCUCCACACGAUUGCUGGGGCGUGCCACCGCCCCCCAUGCCCAUGAGCGGCCCACAGGGUCAGGGACUCUGGAUUCAGGGGGAGCCACCCUCCCACCCUGCAGCCUGGCCCACGGGGGUCACCAUUAACCCCCACACCCACCAACACCCGGCCACCGAACAGAAGGCGAGUGUGGCCAUGGAGGCCGAGAGAUGAGGGGCCAGGACUGGAUGGCCCUGGGGGGAGGAAGGGAGAGGGAGGGAUGGGUGAGGAGGAAAGGAAAGGUGAAGGUGUCUCUUUCCAAUUGAGGAUGGGAGGGUGAAGACAAAGACAGCUACGUAAACCAAGAAAAACCAAGCAACUACAUAAUGUGGACAUUUCAACAAGAGGUGGAGAAAAUGAUUCAAAUAAGGAAUCAAAAGGAAAACAUUUUAAUGGAAAAAGCAGUGCACACACUUAGCAAUAAGAGAGCAACUGAAAUCUUUGUUAGUUUGUUUUUCUUCUCUCUCAGUAAAUGUAUAGAUAAGACAAAGAAAUGUAUGGAACUAAAGGUAAUCACCAUCAUGCUUAUGUUUUCUGACAUUUAAAAGGCAGCAACUGUUUCUUCUCUUGUUCUUCUUCUUUUCUUUUUGUCUGUCCAUCCAGUGUUUCCCCUAUACUGGGGACCUGUGAUAAGAAGUGUUUGUGUUGCAUGGAGAGAGAGAAUCUGUCCAUCCAGUGUUUUACCUCUACUGGGGACCUGUGAUAAGAAGUGUUUGUGUUGCAUGGAGAGAGAGAAUCUGUCCAUCCAGUGUUUCCCCUAUACUGGGGACCUGUGAUAAGAAGUGUUUGUGUUGCAUGGAGAGAGAGAAUCUGUCCAUCCAGUGUUUUACCUCUACUGGGGACCUGUGAUAAGAAGUGUUUGUGUUGCAUGGAGAGAGAGAAUCUGUCCAUCCAGUGUUUCCCCUCUAAUGGGGACCUGUGAUAAGAAGUGUUUGUGUUGCAUGGAGAGAGAGAAUCUGUCCAUCCAGUGUUUCCCCUCUAAUGGGGACCUGUGAUAAGAUGUGUUUGUGUUGCAUGGAGAGAGAGAAUCUGUCCAUCCAGUGUUUCCCCUCUACUGGGGACCUGUGAUAAGAAGUGUUUGUGUUGCAUGGAGAGAGAGAAUCUGUCCAUCCAGUGUUUUCCCUCUACUGGAGAACAGUGAUAAGAUGUGUUUGCGUUGCAUGGAGAGAGAGAGAAUCUGUCCAUCCAGUGUUUUCUCUCUACUGGAGAACAGUGAUAAGAUGUGUUUGCGUUGCAUGGAGAGAGAGAGAAUCUGUCCAUCCAGUGUUUUCCCUCUACUGGGGACCUGUGAUAAGAAGUGUUUGUGUUGCAUGGAGAGAGAGAAUCUGGCAGUGUAAUGUUUUACUCUAGUAUUCUCAACAUGUGUGCAGUGUAACCGUCAUGCACACUUACACACUCAACUAGCGAGCAGAAGAAACAGUGACAUAGUUUUCAUUACCCAUCGGAAGGUGGAACUCUUCUUACCUCACCUGGUGGUCACCUGACUUUUUUCAGCCUAUCAGGGAUUCUCAACUGUUUGACAAUGCAGAAUUUUUUUUUUAAACUGAUUGUAAUUUUUCAACUCUGGUAUUUUCUCAUGACGAUGACACUGUUCACUGCUAUAGCUUUUCUUUCCAAUGAAGGGUGAUGCUUUACUAUUAACCUGUUCUGGAAGAUAGAACAGGCCACUGCAAUGGUUCUGCAGAUUUGGGUAUUAUAUAAAAAUCAUGGUUUGAUAUAUUAAAGUUCAUGUUUUUCUUGGUGGGAGGGAUGGAUGGGGUUUUGGAGGAUUCGAGAGUGGGCGGGAUUUGUUUAUGUUGUGUUUGGGAAGAGCCAAUCGGAGAAGCUAAUAAUAAAUCUACAGAAAAAACAGACUACUAUAAAUACAUUGACCAUUUGUAAAGCAGAACUUGCCAUUUUGCAUGAGGGAUACUGUCUUGUAGCAAACACUUGAAACCGAGACGUGUUUCUGGCUGUUGGCGCAGGGGAUACUACAUGGGUUAUCCCUCUGAUUUAUAAUUUGUAUAGCAGCAUAAUACAACUGGUUAUGAUCACGCGUGUACUGUGAUCCUGCCUAUAGCAGAUUAUGUAAAGCAUUGAUUUAAGACAAUAUUCACAUGCAGGGACAGCCCCGUUCAGUUUUGUUGUCCUUGGGUUAUUUCAAUUGAAUAAAGAAUAUAAAAUAAACCCAGCUAGAAAUCAUUGUUUAUGUAAGUUCUUUUUUUAGGCAGAACAUUUUCAGGAAAAUAUAAUUAUAAUUCUGAGUAAACCAUCUUUAAUUUUACUAAAAUAAUGUUUCAGUUCAUCCCUUUUCCAUCAUUUUUGUUUGAAUCUGGGAAUCUUGGGAUGGCCUAUACCUGAAUGGUUUUUCAGUGUAUGUUUCCCCCUGUGUGACUGUAUUACCAUUCCCACAAUAUUUGUGGACUACCUGAUAAUUAACUUAGCAUUUUUUGUGUUCCUAAAUAAAUAUUGUAUGUCAACCUACACA